AGUGAGCCGCUGAACAUACCCGCAAAAUCACAUAUGGGAAGGGAAGGGAGGCAGGCAUGGCCAGAGAGACAGGCUAGCUAAAGAAGCCACUCCUCACUCUGAUCACAUCAUCUGCUUCUUUCACAGUCACAGCCUAACAAAACAAAUCCCCUUCUUUCUUUGCCGCCACUUUUACCGGCCAAAACAAACAACCAAAGCAACAGAAAAACUCUGUAUCUCCGGCGAAACGACAACAGCAUCAGCACAAAAAACAAAAAACCGUUUUAACACCCCCCCCCCCCCCCCCCCCGACAUCGUUGUCAGCUUUAAAAUCAAGAAGAAGAAGAGUCAAACGUAGGAAACGAGAAAGAAAGUCUUGUUCGGGAUUGAUGCUACAACAAUAAAAACCAUUUCUUUAUUUUUCUCGGGAAAAAGAAAACUUUGCUGUUUGGCUACUCGGAAAAUCAAAUCAGAGUUCAAAAUAAAUUAAUAAUAAUAACCAGUGAUGGGCCUUGAAGUGAGUGACUGUUGAUUCUAAAUCAGAAAAGAAAAAAAAGGUGUUCACUUUUUUUAUUUGAAGCUGAUAAAAAAAGGUUAGAUUGCAGUAUCCAAGUAGUAUAUGCUUGAAAAAACCAUCCACGGAGCUUGAAGUUCUCUACACCUUCCAUCUCAUAUAAUCUAAGUGAAACAUGAGACUUGAUAGUGAACAUGUGUUUUGCAAUGGAACUAUGGGCCAUGAGCAUGAUUGUAGACCUGUCGAAUAUAAUGAUAAUGUUCUGGACUCCAUUGGACUCAAGUCUGGAAAUGUGACUGUGAAGGAGAAUGAGAAUGGGGAGUUGUAUGAUUUGAAGGGCAUGGAAGGUGAUGCAGAUCGAUUACCAAAUGUAGCACCAGUACUCUCUCCUCAUUCUUCAUUGAAAAUGGAGCCAUUCGAGGAUUCGGUUUUCUAUAUGGACAAAAGUGUUUUGGAACGUGAGGUGCCAGAGUUAAGAGUCUGUUACAAAGAGAAUACAUGCCAUGUCAAGGACAUCUGCAUUGAUGAGGGAGUACCUUUGCUGGACAAGUUCUUGUUUGACACAGAUGCACAUGAGAAGAAUGUGUGUGAAUUCUUACCUUCUGCAAGGGAUAUGAACAAUGAGAUGGUUAAAGAAAAGUCUGACCUUGAUAUGUUGAUUCCAGAUGUGCUGAAAUCUUCACCAGAAAAGCAAAAUGCGAAUAUUCAUUUGCCUGUUCCGGAUAUGCUGAAAUCUACCGAAGAACAGGAUUUGAAAUGUGAAUUAUCCCUUGAUUAUAAUCCCAAGCAUUUAGUACCAACAGAGGAAGUUAUGGACUAUAAAACGGAGAAGGUUGCAAAUGAUGCACCCAAAGAGAUUUUAUCACUUAGAGAUCUGCUUUCAAUGCCAGAAUUUGGUGCAAAUUUUACUUCUACCAAGUCCAAUCACAGCAUGGAUAAAGUUGAACAACAUUCUCUUCAGUGCCCGCGGGAAAAUGCAAUAUUGGAGUCAGAUUCUACAAGUGAAGAAUCUGAAAAUCGCAGUGAGGAAACAGUCUCAGUGACAUCUACUUUGGUUUUUGCUGCUGAAGAACUUGACAGUGGCCUUGAGGCACCAACCUUGGCAAUCCCUGCCAAGGAUCCUGCAUAUCAAGAAGCAGAGCAUAUCCACAAGGAAGUGGUCUUGGUGAGUCCCACUCUGAAUUCUGCAGCAGGAGAAUCAGACAGCAGCAUCGUGGAAUCAAAACUGGCAAGCCAUGCUUUGGAUUCUAUUAAUGAAGAAUUGACCAGUAGGAUCAUGGAUCAGUCACCUUACGAUAGUAAGGCGGAGACUGGAAGCAUCACUUUUGACAAUGACUCUUCUGCUCCCGCUGCGUGUGGUGGAGAGUCUCCUCGGAAUGGCGACUCUCAGUGUCUCGAGCCUCAAAUUUCAUCCAGGCUUGAAGAUCCUAAUACCGUUCCAUUUUCAGGUCAGCUUUGUACUGAUGGAGAGUCAAGUUUCUCCGCAACAGGCUCUUUACCAGGUCUGGUAAGUUACUCGGGGCCUAUUCCGUAUUCUGGGAGUGUCUCUCUUCGAUCAGACAGCAGCACAACCAGCACCCGCUCCUUUGCCUUCCCCGUAUUACAGUCAGAAUGGAACAGCAGUCCUGUAAGGAUGGCGAAAGCUGACCGAAGACAUUUCCAGAAAGCUAGGAGUUGGAGGCAGGGCCUUCUUUGCUGUAGAUUCUGAAUUCUCCUGUUCUGUCCAUAAGUUGAAGUGAAAAUAUAUACACACAUUGAAAUAAUUUUAUUUAUGGUUUAGAUAGUAGUGUAUAGAUCCAUCUCUCGUUUUCUCUGGCUUGGGGUGAGUACUUGCAGCAGCUCUAUAUUAUCGAAAGUUCUCCCGAGUUUGGGACGCUCGUACAUGUCAGUUGAGAUGUAAGCAAUAUCUUAUAAUUUUGCUGUCAUAAUUUCAUCUGCCUUCAUUAAAUUUCA